UAUCGCGUGGUAACAGGGUGUACACGGUAAUAGACCACACAGACAUGGCUCCGCAUGGGGAAACGGUGGCUCUUUAACCUUGGUUCAUCAACUCUCAGUCUCCAGUUGCAUCAAACCUUUAGUUACCGACCAGAGCAAAAUGCAGGCUGCUAUGGAAAUAACGGCAAAAUAUUGCCACAAAGAGAUGGAGGCGUAUGGUUCAUGUGUGGCCGCCAACCCAUCAACAUGGCAACAUCAGUGUCAUGAGCUGAAGAUGAAGGUUGCACACUGCACGUCUUCACACCCGGUGAUCCAGAGGAUCCGGUCGGGCUGCUCCAAGGAGUUUGUGGAGUUUGAGCGUUGUCUCAAAGAAAACCAGGCCUCACCUGCCUCCUGCUCACCACAUGUUGCUCGCUUUCUUGGCUGUGCGGAGACGGUGGAUCUCAGCGAAGCGGCUGUGAACCCGGUGCCUCAGCCUUCAUGAUAUCCGGACGGAUGCCGAGGAGUGGAAACAGAGCUCGUUCAGUGUCUCCUGUCCCCAAUAUGGGACCCAUUUCUUAAGAUAUAGGAGAUAAAUCUUGCAAAACUGUAAGCCAGAAAGGACUCUGUGUAGUAUAUGUGUGAAGAACAGCUGACAUGCUGCGUAUUGCACUUUUAAUCUAAGUGCGUUCAUGGUAAAUUAAUAUAAAUACUUUGUUUCUACUGUUUUUUUUGUUGAGAAUUUCCUUAAACCUGAUGUCAUUCUUGUGUUACUCGUCCACUGUGGAUAUCCUCUGUUGUUUUGUGUUACUUAUGCUUGUCCCUCCCACACUCCCUCUCCCCUGGUCUGAGUCACGGUAAAAUAUUAAACUGGAAUGUAUCUAUCUCCCCCACGCACCCCUCCCAUUUACAAAAUGACUAAAGGAAUAGGGAGCCUGGGAAGACAGAGGGAGCAGGGGGCUGCUCUAAUCAGUGGGACUACUGAGAGACAGAGGGAGGAUGUUGAGUUAUGAGCCCUUUGACUACUAAGCAGAACAGCUCUUUUCUGGAUCACUUAUUAAAGGUUUUAAAGGGGGUAAUCGAGAGGAGACGGAUUCCUCCUCGCGAAUGUAAUAUCUUCGGUUUAUACCUGAUGUGAAGGCGAUCCAUGCAUCAUCACGCAUUGAGAUUCAGCACAAAUAAGGCAGACGUACUUCAAAGAUGAAACUGCAGAUUGUAUUGAAGAUAUGGCAACAUUACAUUCAAAGCACAUCACCUGGCAGUUACUGAACAAAAAAAAGAAACAAAAAAAAAAUCAGAUAGAAGGAGCUCACCUAAUACGGCACAAAUAAGUUACAUUCACAAAAAUAUUACUGUAAAAAUGCCAU